UCAGUUGCGCGCGAGCUGCGGCGCGAGGGUGGUCUGUGCGGCGUGUGAUUUCGGUCCGGUAUUAGCGCCUCGUAGUGGGUCUGAAAUGGUGAUGGAACAGCCUCCCGGCCGCCGGAGGGCGUCCACGUGUAUCGGUUGCGGCGGUGCCAUCCACGAUCAGUACAUCCUGCGGGUCUCGCCGGACCUCGAGUGGCACGCCGCCUGCCUCCGCUGCGCCGAGUGCAACCAGUUCCUCGACGACAACUGCACCUGCUUCGUCCGCGACGGCAAGACCUACUGCAAGCGGGACUAUGUCAGGUUAUUCGGCGCCAAGUGCAGCAAGUGCAACAAGCUGUUCAGCAGCACCGACAUGGUGAUGCGGGCACGCGACAAGAUCUUCCACAUCGACUGCUUCCGGUGCUGCGUGUGCGCCAAGCACCUAGUGCCUGGCGACGAGUUCGCGCUGCGCAGCGAGGCGCUGUACUGCAAGGACGACUACGACUGCAAGGAGCAGCUGGACGCCGGCGGCGGAGUGACCAAACUGGGCGCCAAGAGUCCCGCCGACUCUGGUGAAGAGAACGUCCAACCAAAGGCCGACAAGGAGCAGAAGAAGCGGGACGGCAAGACGACCCGCGUGCGGACUGUGCUCAACGAGAAGCAGCUGCACACGCUGCGCACCUGCUACAACGCCAACCCGCGGCCGGACGCGCUUAUGAAGGAACAAAUGGUCGAAAUGACCGGACUCAGCCCUCGGGUCAUCCGGGUCUGGUUCCAGAACAAGCGCUGCAAAGACAAGAAGCGGCAGAUCUACCUUCGUCAGAUGCAGGAAGCUAACAAGGACGGUCGCCGUCUGAGCAGCAUGCUGCCCAUCCAGGGGAUCCACAUGGUGGCCAGCUCGCCGGUCCGACACGACUCGGCCGCGCCUCUGGACCCGGCCGGCCUGGGCGGUGUGGACAUCACCAGCUACCAGCCGCCCUGGAAGGCGCUGCACGAGUACGCCCUGCAGGGUGACAUCGACCCGGGCACGCCGCAGUACCAGGCCCUCCUUAGUCAGAUGCACGGUUUCGGCGCCGAGCCGCUGCCGCUGGCGCCCCCGGGCGGUGACCCCGGCUGCCUGAGCCGGAGCGACGCGCAGCUCCACCCGCCGCCGCCGGCGCCGCCCGUCAAGUACGAGGCUGACGUCGGCUCCGACUCGUACGUCUCCUACCUGGAGAGCGACGACAGCCUGCACACGUCCAGCCCAUGAGGGCGGCUCGGCGCCCGCCCCCGCCCCCGCCCCCGGUCGGCGGCCGGCGCCGGGCCCAGCCGCCAGUGAGGUGGGCCGCCCGCGCCGGGCUCAGUAGAACGGACAAGGUGCGGCGGUCCGCCACCCACUCGACUGGGCAGUACCGCGGUCGGCGCGACCACUCUCGCUGUGAUUUGACGCCCAUACACCGGAGCGCGUUCAGACUAGCUUCUCGAUGCUCGCGGCCUUUACACACCAAUGUCCGUCUUUUUCGCAUUAUUGCGGUUUAGGGGACCAAACAAACGGAGCCAGCCUGCAGGACGGUGCCACCACAGCUGGCCCAGAUGACGAUUGACGAGCCUCAUGUCCAACCACUCAGUGUUUGUCUAUUUCGUCAUGGCUGAUUCAAGAACCUCUGAAACUGAUCUGGCUAGGGCGUGUGGCCUCUGGCCAGUUCGGGGUGGGGCAGUAGUGUUUAACUGGCCGCGUGGUGCCGCUGAGUGAUGGCCAGCUGAUGUCACUGAUGUGAGCCGCCGACAGUGUCAGGCUGAUGUGACCCAGAAACAGGCUAGGUUGGUCUCUGGUCAGAGCUACAACGGUUGAACUGGUCAGAAAAUAAUCAAAUUAAACUGUUACAAUUUGAGAAUUUUGUAACACCAUUUCAAUUAUUGCGUGGUCAUUCAAUACGGUAUUUGUUAACUUCAAAAUUUAUCCUCUUGGUCGGGCUGCAAUCUCAUAUCAAAGGUCACAAAACACCAAACUUCGUUCCAUUAAAAAAUAUGGUUUUCGAAAGGCAUCGAAAGACAAACAAUACCACUAGUUAAAUACAUCAUAAUAUACACAUUUAGUAUGAUUCACAGACGGAAUUCUUUAAGCGUUUUAAAAAGUGACGAACUUAAAUUACAUUUUCUCUGUCGGUAUUACACUGAUGCUCUGACCUGGCGAUAUGAGUUAGCUGACCUGGGCUCAUCAGUAGGUCACAAUGUGCAGUGAAAACUAAACAUUGCACUUACCCACAGAGGUGCGCUCGCGGCACCCCAGAGUGGCUCCUUUCACAUGACACAGGCUUCUGGAGUCUGUAUCUAAGGCCGUCCCUGGUUCUCUGGCUCUGUAACCGAGGGGUAACCAUAGCAGUAACCAAACUGUAACCGAGCGGCAGGUGAACCACCGGCCUACUCUGAGGUUCGUUCUGUUGUGACUGGUUCCGUAACUGAGCGGUAAGCCGUGUCAUUAUAACUAGCCGGUAACCAGCUGGAUACUCUAUAACCGUCCGGUAACCCUGAACACCCUCUAACCAGCCUGUAAGUCGGGACAGGCGAACCACUAAGCUACUGACUUCUACUGAUGACCGGUUUCGUAUCGUCCAAAAUAACUAUGGGUGCAUUGGGCUGAGUUGAACUUGCUUGUUGACCUCGACUUGUCUUUCGUUUCACCAGUUCGUCUGCUUUACUGUUUAUGAAGUGAGUGUUUUCUUUGUGUAUCGUUAGUUGUUCUUGUGUCAUUAUUUUUCAGUGAUGAAAAAUGAUUUAUUUCUGUAGUUUUUAUGUGUGUGAUGCCAGUUUCAUUUUUGUUGAAAGCGUUGCCACUGUAUGGUGACUUACUUGGCCUCACACACUUGGAAUAUUUCAACACAAAGUAUUUCAUAAGUAUAUGGCAGGCAUGGGCCUACCAAUGGUCAACGCUUUACAGUUGACAGUGCAAUCAUCGGAUGGCGCCAGGAGACGUCGGUACCUCCAUCUCGUGUUGGGUCAACUGUGUACAGGGAUGCUAACGUAUAAUGUGCUUGUGCGCGUGUGCUCUUGUACUCGUUUGAGUGUCGUCGUCUCAAUUCGCGCUCGAUGUGUCCGUUUGUGUGCGUUCUCUGCGUGUGCGCGCGCCUGGUUUCUGGUGGUGACCGGCCGUGGUGCAGCCGGGCUCUGCCGCGGUGGUACGGCCGGGCAUUGCGCCCGGGGCGGGCUGACCGGUCACCGCACAGCGGACACGUGCCAUGACACGGGCGGUGUUUUUGCCAUGUGAUUGUUUUUGCAGCGGUUGUAUGUAGAUAUGAUGUUGGUGGGCGGUGCCGUCGACCGCGGUAGUGUCGCCCCACAAUGCGUCGUUCCUCACGUGUAUAGCCCCUGUAGCCGUCAUACAAGUCAAUACUGAG